AUGGGAGACAUGAAUCUGAUCAAGGAUUUCUGGAGGAGCGCAGUUGUGAAAAAGAAUAAUCAGGGUGAAAAGUUCAUUGAAGAAAAAAUUGAAGAAAAGAAAGUUCAAGUGUCAGAGAGCAUUAUUCGGGAAUCUCUCCAAAUAGACGACAGAUCUGAGUACACUAUGGAGAUUGACAUUCAUCAAACCCAGGAUGUAUUAGAACACAUAGGAGCAAUCGCAGCCUUCGUUGCAGGAUUUGAGUUCAACUUCCCCAAGUUCAUAAUGCAUGAGUUGAUUCUAAACCUUGAAGGGAGCAAGAGGGAUAAAUUCUUGAUGUACCCAAUAUUUUUGCAUAUCAUCUUCAAUGUGAUACAUACUGAGCUGCGGAGAUGCAAUGAAACCUUGGAUCUUAAAUCCAUUGGUCCAAGUGCUUUUGGGCUAAUGAAACAAAAGAGAGGUGGGAAAUUCGUGUUUGAAGGAAAGUUCCAUUUGAUAAAAUUUGGAAUUUUUAAAGAGUGUGAUCGAUCAGAAUCAGGAGAGCAGUCCAUCCCUAUGGAAUCUGAAGACAUUGUUCAUUCAACUUCCGAGCUAGAAAUUAAGGAGGGUAAUGUUUCUCCUUCAGUCGUUAUGGCUGAGGAACAUGAUCAUCAGAAAGAAAAUGAAACACUAUCUGCUCAAGAGGAUGAUGAUGAUGAUGAUGAUCGUUAUGAUGACAUAGAGUUUUUGAAGGAAAUUGAUUUUACAUGGAUUAGUGAUGACAUCCCAACAAAUAUAGAAUUUGAUCUUGAUGAUGAAGAAUUCGGUCCUUUUCUUGGAAUCCCCAGCAGCUGUCCUAAUAAAGUCAAUGAAGUUGCGUCUUCAGCAACCAAGACUAGAGAAGAAGGAAACAUUCUCAAAAUUUUGCUCUCUACAUCAAAGACCCUGGAGGUUGCAUCUAGCCAAGGAAAUGUGACAUCAAAGAUUCCUCCCUUUGUGUCAUCCAUCUCAACAUCUGAUCCAAUGGUGCCCACUGUGGGUAGUGCUCCUCAAGUUCUCUCCACAAUCACUGCUACCACUGCUUACUCUCCACCAAAACAAUCUGAUGAAGGUCUGAGCACUAUGUUUGAAACUGGUGGCUCAUCAUCCAUACCAGAAUACUCUCCCACCAGACCUUCAUUAGAUGAAGCUUCUAUAAGAGAGGAGUGCACAGAUGAUGAUAAAUCUUCCUCGUUUGAUCUUCAUGAAGAGAUUGGGAUUCUCCGUCAAGAGCUCAUUGAAAAGACAAUUCAUAUGGAUCAAAUUACCUGUUACAUUGUAGAGCUCAGAACGAAGAUUGAAGAGAAGACCAAACAGAUUAAAGAUGUUCAAAUGAGUCUUGGAUCUGUGACAGCCACCUACUUCAAUCUCAAGAACAUUUUGUAUGACACUUUUGGAGACCAAGUCAAGGCCCUUCUUCAACAGCCACAUGGAGUUGAUGAUCCUCCCACAGCCCCCACACAGUCUGUCGCAAAAGACUUUCCAGUCGAUCCACCUGCUCCAAGAACAACCACUAUUGUCAACAGAAUUGGAAAGAAGCUAGAAGGAAGCAGAGCCGGAAUAAUGAUCAAACAGGGCAAGAUAACCAUAACAGCCAACAAAAGCGAAGGGGUACUCUUCAUGAAGAAUUCAAAUGAGAAUCGCAAAGCCAAAGACCUUGUGUAA